AUGCAGGACGAUCGUCGCUCAAUCCCCGAUGCAACACCGACAUCUUCAUCCCACGGGCCUGAAACCGGUCCGCGACUGGAUUCGAUAUCGCAGGGUAGCCGCACCCCUGGCGAUGGUGGAGGUUAUACCAGGCGACCAAGCAUUGGAAUUCGCAGGUUGCCUUCACUCCAAGUGAUACCUUCAAAUACCCAGCCACCUACUCAAUCAAAUACUCAAGCUCCCCAACCAGACACAGCGGAGGAUGGCGACAGAAUUCGUCCUGUCGUGGAGGCCAGCGGACGCCGUCGCAGCCAUUCAGCGCCCCAGCCCAUCGGGUUGAAUCCAAGUUGCUACGAUGCAGCGACAACUACUUCACGAAUCUCUACAAAGCUGGGUCAUAUGCCAGACGUUGCCGAAGAGACUACCUCUCCAACCAUAGGUUCACCGCGCCAGGCGCUUCCGAUUCCGACCUUGGAAAAUGUCCCGACAGCUCAUAAUGACACUCCGACUUCAGCAUUUGGCAGGUUGCGGGCGAGAACGAACAUUGGGAGCGGAAAUUCAAGGCCAAGCAGGGCAAUACUAGAUGGUUACGAGGACGGACUGGUGGAUUUCCUAGACACUGUUGGCAUGUGGAACCCGGAAGUCGCAACGUUAUCCACCUUGACCAAUGUCCAAAACUCGCUGUUCGUCCCAGAUUUGGGCGGCCUUCUCAAUCGGCGGCCUACAUACAAUCUCACCCGUCGGCCAUCGGAAACGGAUGAGGUGCCAGGUAAAGCCAAACGCACUGAGGAGCCGCCGCAGGAGCGACCGUCGAUGUUAGAUCAGACCUACACUGCCGGGACACUUGAUACUAUAUCAUCGAAUGUUAAUGAUAGAUAUUAUGCUGUGUUGCCACAUGGUGUUUCGCUCCCAGGGUGGACGGAGGAGGAGAAGCUAGAGUUAAAUGAUCAUGUGAGGCAUAUGCUACACUCGAGGAGAUCUAAGUUCAAACGGAGUAUGAAGGGGUUCAAGCAGUACGUUUCAAAGCCUCUUGGGUUCUUCAUCACCCUCUAUGCGACUUUAAUAACGCUCUUUGGACUUGCCUGGGUCCUGUUCUUGAUCGGCUGGAUCAACGUUGGUGGCAAAAAAGACUACGUUAUCAAUGUAAUUGACAACGUCCUCGUUGCCCUCUUCGCCAUCAUGGGUGACGGAUUGGCCCCUUUCAGGGCGGUUGAUACCUACCACAUGUGCUUCAUUGCCCACUACCACCACCUAACGUGGCGCUUGCGACGCGAGAAAGCCCUCCCUAAGCUCCCAGACCGAAACGAUCUGCCAUCUGUCCAACCAGACGACAUCGAAUUAGGUUCCAAGGAUGGCAAUUACCAAGAAGUCAGCGUGCUGAAUCCGCAGCAGCAGAAGAAGCUCGCGCAUCAUCAAGAGAAAUUCGCAAAGUCGCACAGUUUCUACAAGCCGCACGAGACAAGUACACAUUUUGCCUUCCCACUUCGGCUGCUGGUCGCGAUAGUGGUGUUACUUGAUUGCCAUUCUCUCUUACAGAUCGCGCUGGGAACUUGCACAUGGGCCAUCAGUUACCACGUGCGGCCAUUUGCGCUCACAACAGUCAUUCUAUGCUGUUCGAUAACAGUAAAUAUCACCGCCGGUGUCCUAAUCUCCGUAGGAGAUCAUAAGACGAGAAAGAAGGAUGUGCUGGAGAAGAUGCGCAGACAGGAGCUGACCAUGGAAGCCAUGAAAAAGGUAGAGAAACAGAGGGAGAAGGAUGUCUACAAGACGGAUAGUGAUAGAACCUUGGAACCUGCGACUAGCACGGAGAUGAAUUCUGCUUCGCAGUUAAUGUUGGAUACCACGCCGGAAAUUAGGACUACGGAUCCUGGGCUGGGGCGUUCUGGAUAA